AUGCUGCCUACCGAUACCUCACCUCCUGUGUCUUCGCCUACUACUCUACCUGUUGAUGUUCCAACCUUCCCCGUGGGAACAGGUGGUACCGCCAUUUUACCAACUGGUGUCACUAGUCACCCAACAGAUACUUUUAUCCCCGGUUUGCCAACGUCUGCCUCGCUGACUCCUUUGCCUACCGAUGCGACUGCUACCUCAUUUCCAAUUACCACUCCCGGUCCUGUGUCAUUACCAACUAAUAUCGGGACGACAGCCAGCGGUGUUACAACCCCAAGUGUUACUCCUGUCCCUGCUCCUUCAAACAAUGACACAACUCCAAGUGUGGCUACGCCGACACCAACAGGCACUGCUAGCUUGUCAGUAAAUGCUACUGAGCCGGUGCCAGUUGGUACUGGAGCUUCACCAACGUCAAUUAUUUCCGAGUCAAAAAAACAUGGGACAACAGUACCUCUUCUCACGACGCCCACCACAUUCACCGAGAAAAUAGGGAGUGCCACUUCUCUUCCCGUAAAACCCCCGACCCACGUCCCUACUGGGGCUGAAUCUGUAACGACCGCAUCUGGUGCCACCACAGCAACCAUGGCAAGCACCCAAUGGUUUCCCCCGGAGUUGUCUACUGCCCCUGCUUCAACGAUGAUUACCCAGGUGGUCACUGCUAUUCCUGGAUCCACCAUUCUCAGCUCAGCUACUACAACCCAAUCAGUGGAGACGGGAAUUCCUAGCAGCUUCCCUAAGGUUGUCACACCUGCCGGAGGGAUGCCCGAGAAGCCUGGAAACUCUAGUCUUGUUCGCGUUGGCUUCAAUCAUCAGUUGAACUAUGCAUUCGUUGUCAAAAAUCCCGUAGCAGUUGCUCAGAUCUUUGAGUAUCUUCCCAAGGGAAUCGCUUUUGGACUUGGAAUCAAGCUAUCUGAGGUAACCAUGCACCAUCUUCAGCCUCUUGAUACGACCAAGACAAAGGGGUAUAUUACGACUUUGGCAUUCGCCUUCAUCCCUACUGAUAUGAUCGACAAGUUGGAUAUGGACCGUAGAAACCAAAACUCCAGAUUCUUCCAGAGCGACGAUCCUCCGGUUAGGGAGAUGAUUAAUCUCCUUGAUCCUACUAUUUCCCUUCGCGCAACUGAGGCAGAAUUGACGGGUGAGGGAACUGGUCUGCCCGGUGAGGGAAGUUGGCUGGGUGGAUCUGGAGGAAAUCAGGGUGGUGCGAGCAGCAACGAUGGUGCUCCAUUGGGCAGCAAUGGCUCGGAGGGGCCUGUUUCCAAGAAGAGUGUUGGUGUAGGGCUCGGGAUUGUGGCUGGUGCGACCGUCUAUGGCGCUGCCAUGUUCUUUGUUGCCCGAAGGUACAGACAGAGGCGUAACAGACAUAGCAGAUCGAGCUCAAUUGGCCGUAGUGUCUCGCCAGGAAGCAACCCCACUAGCGGAUUGAUGAGUGGUGUUGGCCCUGUUAUGCACGGUGCCAGAAGUCCAUAUGGAGCUAUUGGCGUCCCGCAUGACAAGAGGGGAAGCAGGGGGAGUGGAAAGGCUAGUGCUAGGACACAAAACAUCUCCGGGCCUAUGAUGGCGGAAAAUUCUUUAGGUUGGAACUAGCGGAUGUACACGAGUAGUUGACAUCUCCUCAGAAUCGGUCGACCUUUUGGGUACUGGGCGUGUCGCCAAAAAAAAAAGAAAGCAUUCUAGAUGAGAAGAGCGUUCCUAUUCCAGGCAUUUCCGGAAAUGACUGUUCCUUCCAGCCUCGCACUUAGAUAAUUACUUUUUUAUUUUUUAUUUUUUACAAUCGUUCCCCCGCGCGUACCGUACCAGUGUAUCUAUAAAUCUCUCACAAUCAUCAUUCACCCGGUCCCUUUUUUUUUUCUGGCGGGAUUCGAACUUUACUUCUUGUUUCUACCCUUUUUUCACACCUCUUUCUUCUCUUUUUACAACCUAUAUUCACUUCUUUAGUAACGGCGUUGGGUUGAUUUUUUUA